UUUCAUACCGUGCGUUUUCUCGGAGUUGGAAGAAGCUGCAAGCGUCAGCCAAAAGAUUGCCGGUGUAAUCAUAAGUUACAAUUGCACCGCACUGGGCAACCUCUACCCACAUAGAGACGAAUGUUUGGCUAUUUUGCAGCUCAGUCUCUAUAAUACACCAACCAACCAACCUCUACCCACAAGAAGAAAGAUUGUGGAAGUAUGAAAAGAGUAAACUGGGGAAGGUUUUCUGAUGAAGAUUCGGAAAGGAAGGAAGUGCAGAAUAAUGAUAUCAUCCUACCGAUCAGUAAGAUGGUCAAGUUUCAGCAAAUCAAGCUGCCAUACACAAUUACCAAAGCAAAAAGAGUGCCGCUAAAGAACUCCCUCGUAACGCAGACGGUGGAAGUGAUGAAGCAAACCGAGAUGAUACAAACGCUUAUCGAUACGUAUUCAACGAAGUCAGGGUGCAGUUACAUAUUAAACCCAUGCCAGCUGAUGCCAACCGUUCAUUUUCCCGCUAAUAAUGUGGCUGAUCUGACGCGAAACGAGCUAGUGACUCGCCCGUUUUGGUUUGUACCGGCGACUAGCACCGGGUUCACGCGAGGCGAAUCUAAAAACCACGUUAAACUUUCGUACCCAGUGGUGAUGCAGGCGUUGAAGAAAGCCGCUUGCGGAUUGCUGUGUAUGGCGGGCUUUUCAGAAAUUAAUGAGUCCGCUUUGAUUAUGAUAGUGGAUGGUUUGGACCAGCAUUUGCGGUUGUUGGUGGAUUCGUUGCGUUCGGUGCUAACGGCGCACGGUGAAGAACUUGGCACCUUACCGAACGUAUUGAUGCUUGAGCGGAUGUAUAAUUGGAUCGGACGAUCGAGUUUAUGCGAGCUGCAUAACUACAACAAGAUAAAUGCUUUCAAAAAUCGCCACGAGGUGCGCGAGUUUCGUGAAAUCUUCCAGGAAUACGACCGACUAUUGCAGGAAAAUCAGUUGUCGGUUCAGAACAUGCAGCAGAAGCUGGGAGAAAUAAAGGAGGACGACUAUAUGAACUUUCUUGAUCCACAAUCCCAUUCGCCCAGCGGAACUACCAUCGAUGGGUCAGCAAUAAAUAUUAUUAACUUUAUCAAUGGUGAAACGAUGAAUGGCAGUUUUAAAGAGAUGCUGGACGUGGAGCUGCAUGAGUCAAACAGCGCACAAGACUCACAGGAUCACCAGAAUCAACAGCUUUAUUUGGAGUCAAACUAUGCAACUACAACCGACAACACAUGAAAUUUUGUUUUGAGACUACCAGAACGCCUUGCAAUGAAAUUCUGGAACCCACUUAUUUAAUGAUAUUAUUUAAUGAACAUAUAGCAAUUUUCCAUAACAUGGGAAAGUCUCCUAGACGAAUUGUUUUAAAUUCAUUUUGUCAUCAUCAUCAUCAUUACCUGGCAGCUACAACCUUCGAGCGAUCCUGGCAUGCAAAAGAGACUCCCUGUUAAGUAUGUUAAGAAGCACAAUUGUCGUUUUUGGGUUUCGGAAAACUCACACGUCGUUCAAGAGAGGCCAAAGCCAAUCUAGCAUACAGAGACAGCGUCCCACAAUAAAUAUUUUGCGUCCCAUCUUCUGAAAUCGAAUAAUCAGCAGAAAUGGUGUUUUUAAUUGGCCUCCAAGAAAGAAGCGGCGAUUUGACAUCAUUGGACUGUUAUCUUUGGGGAUCGGUGAAAGGCAAAUGUUAUGCGAACAAAUCAGCAACCAUUCACGACCUCAAGACUCGAGACCCAAAUUCAAAUUCCUGUUGGCGAGAUAGGGCCAGAUACAAUCGAGAAUGUACUCAAAAAUUGGUCGACCGAAUAAGCUACCGCCAAGCCAAAAGUAUUGGCCAAAAUUGUUUUUCAUAAAAAAAUGUCUUGAUUGCCCCAUUCCAAUAAAUGUUCUAAUAAACAUGUGAAAAUAUUAGGCCGUUUUUUUAUAACCAAAUGAAAAAAAAAAAUCUUACGUGGUCUACUAGUAGUCGGGG